AUGAGCGCCAUUUAUUCAAAAUAAACCUUUUAAUUUAUGAAAUUGGGUGAUUUUGUUGGCUUUUGAGGGAUGUUAACGAGUAUGCACCAAUAUUACAUGAGUUAAUUCUGUGUCAUUAGGAUUUUUAUAGAUACUUGAUGAUCUGCCUGCCGAAAAGUAACACUGUAAGAGAACAUGGCAACAAGCACAGAAGCAGCAAAUGUUUCACUCUCUCCUUCAAAGAUUUCAGACUUUUAUCAUCCUUGUGUAAAGAGCUCGCCUCAUCCUGAUAAAGAAUCUGAUGUUGAUGAUUCACUGUUAUCGUCAUCUGUUCUGUUGACUCCUGAUGCGUCUCCCAUCGAAGUGAAGGAUGCUGAAUCCGAAACCACGUCGGUAUGUGCUGAUGACAAGUGUGCGACACCAACAGAUACAAAGACAAUAACAGAUUCCUGCAAGAAAUGUGACGAGAGAGCACAAAGUAGUGACAGGGAACUUGAGCACAUAAAAGUAUUACCAAAAGGGAAAGAUGUCCCCCCAAGCACCCCACCCAUUUCAGUCCCUAAGAAGAGAAGAGGAAGGACAGGGCGGGUGAAAUCGGCUCAGUCGACAGUGGCAGUUGACAAACCUUUAGGAAAAACAAUGAGGAAGAAGAAAACUGCCACUGAAGUUCAAAGCAAAACAAUAACCGACUACUUUCCUGUCAGGAGAAGUGGUCGACAAUGUGCUUCCUCUCUGAAGAAAGGUCAACAAAAGGAUUUGGAAGAAAAGAUCUUGUCAAAAUCAGAAGAUGGACUUAAGGUUGUUGAGAUUGAAGGUAAAGGUCGUGGUGUCAUAUCCACACGGGAGUUCAAGAAAGGCGACUUUGUCGUGGAGUAUGUGGGUGAUCUCAUCGACGUGGACCAGGCGAAGAAGAAGGAGAAUCAGUAUUCCAGGGAUCCGGACAUUGGGUGCUACAUGUACUACUUCCUGUUCAAAAACAAACAGUAUUGUGUUGAUGCUACAGCAGAAAGUCCAUACCUAGGUCGGCUUCUAAAUCACAGUCGUCUGGACAGUAACUGUCAAACCAAAGUCGUGGACAUAAAAAAUCAUCCUUACCUCAUACUAGUCGCAUCGCGAGAUAUAACACAAGGGGAAGAACUCCUGUAUGACUAUGGCGACAGGAGCAAAGCGGCACUGGAAGCUCAUCCUUGGUUAAAGUCAUGACGGAAAUGUUGUUAGCAAUAAAUAAUGGAGGAAAUGUCUGACUUAUCGUUUUGUGAAUUUCAGGUUUAUGGUGUUUAUUUUGCAGUCACAAAAAUGAUUUUUGGGCAGGUGAAGACUCUGCUUAAUUUUAGUCUUAACCAAAUACCGAACUGCAUUUUCGAUUAAAAUUAAUUAAUAUUUAUUGAAAACACAGCUUAGUUACUGCCAUUAUUAUACAAGAGAUUAAAAAAUAUAUUUCCUAAAUUUACUUACUUUAUAAUGUGGCUGAGGUAAUGAAAAUGGCAGCUGAAAUAUGUGAAGAUUAUCAAAUUUAUAAGACACAACAAAGUUGGAUAUUUUUGUUUACAAAAUAUUUUAAUAUUUAAUUGAUCAUCAUCAAAAUUUGUAUAUAAUGUUGACCUUUUGUUACAUUUUCAAAAUGGUUCCUUUUUUUCUUUUUUUUUUCUUUUUCAUACCAUG